AAACAGUCCUUUUUUUUUAAUUUUUUUUUUACAAACGAGGCCGGGUCAUAAUAUGAAGCUCCAGUUAAAAGGCAUGAGAACAUGACGAAUCUGACACUCUUACCAAUUCUACUCCUGGCCAACCCAUCCAUCAUCCCACCCCUUCAAAUCUAUCUGGCUCAAAGGGGUCGACCGGAAUGGCGAGACUGUCUACUGUUUUGCUUGGGUGCUCAAAAACCUUUGGUACCCACGAGUUUGAAUCAAGGGGAAUACCCUGCGUGUGCCGCCAUGACUACAGGGUACGUUUUUCGUGUCGAGAAUCAAGCCACGGUAAUGUACCUACAAAGAAUGUCAAAGACAGGACACCUCGUCACCAUGGAGGUUUCGUCUUUCGACCAGAAAUCAUCAUUCCCAAAACCUCGACCAUGUACAACGACAAUGACGGUACUCUACCUGCCGCAUUUGUUAUUGGUACAUCACUUCCUCACCGCCCCGACAUGGGACAAAUACUUCUUGUCGACCUUGUCCAUCCUGAUCUUCUCUCGGAUCCUAUCGAUCUUUGUUCUCGGCACCAAGAUUUCACCGUCGUGGCACGGUGAAUCGGAACCAGGGGUUCAAGGUGACCUGCUCAUUCUACUUUCCGAGGAUCGUUGGGUGAGGAUGAAAGGUCCGGUCGACCAUCUCAAGUCGAUCACUUCGGGUGGUUGGUUGUCCAAACCACCGUCACGCCCGUCGACCUUGACGCACGACUUUCUCGACUCGACGUCUCAACUUCUUGUCCACGUCGCCGUCAUCGUCUUGGCCAGCGCCCCAGACACGGAAAAGAUCCUCGUCGUAACUUUCGCCCUACUUUCCCACGUCGUCCUGUCACUGUACAACGCCGUCACCACACGACCCUUGAUCAUGAACGGACGUCAGGUCAAAUUGUCCUCUGACCAAACCAGUGUCAAAAAGUACUCUCGUAGACUCAUCAUGGCACGAGAAUUGAUACGAGAAAUGGGUAGGAGUGACUUCGCUUUGAAAUUGGGCUUGAUCAAUGCCGACGAAAUAAACAGUUCCACGGGCAAACUGAAAGACGAGAUAGUCACCAUGUAAAAACAGAUAGCGUUUGUGGGUGUUAUAGGAUUUGGACAUUUUGGUUCCAUCCAGUCAUGUUCAUAAUUUCAUACCAGACACAGCAAAAAAAGUGACCAAAGUUCCACGCCAAACCGACCCAAUGC